CCACUGAUCUCAGAUCAGUGCAAUGAGCCCAUUUGCGCGCUUGCUCACUCACCAAAUUAAUUUCACAUUAAAGGCUGGAAACGCUUUUAAAAACUAAGCUCCAUAACUUCUACUUCAGGUAACAGAUUGAGAGGAGAAUGGAGGGAAGAGGAGGAAAAGCACUGUGCUGGGAUGAUUGCAUAUGUCCAGUUUGUCUGGAGAUGUUCCUGGAGCCAGUGACCCUUCCCUGUACACACACUUUCUGCAAGAGUUGUUUCCUGGAGUCUGUGGACAAAACUACUCUGUGCUGUCCAAUGUGUAGGAAAAGAGUUUCCACCUGGGCCAGACUGAAUAGCAAGAAGAAAACGCUGGUGAAUGAACAGUUGUGGCGACAAAUCCAGACCUCUUUCCCUACGCAAUGUCAGCGUCGUCUGAGCGGGCAGGAUGCCGAUGUUGAAUGCGACUUGGAAUUGUCAGGGUUUGUGCCCAGAGUGAGUGAGCCAGGAGAGCUGAGGCAGGAGUAUGAAGACCAAAUCAGCAAACUUACAGAGCAGAAACGAACAGUGGAGGAGGAAGAGAGGAAAGCCAGUGAAGAGUACAUCCAGAGGCUCCUAGCUGAGGAGGAAAUGCUCCUGCAGACGGAAAGGCAGCGGGCCGAGGAAGACGAGCGGCUUGCCAGGCUGCUCAGUCAUGAACUGAACACUGUACCCUCUUCCUCAGAUAACAGUUGUCCUGUCACACACACCAAGACAAAACAGAAGGUCACCCUUGGACAGAUAAAGAAGUUCUUGUCCCCUCUGUCUAAAACAAGCCAUUCAUACUCCAGCCCGACCUCCAGUUUUGUGGCUAAUAAGGAGAAUAUCCUGGUUUUUCAGAGGAACACCCUGUCACACUCUGAGGGCCCUCUCCCUACACUGGAUUAUUACGGUUCACAAGCAGACACCUACAACAGCCAGAGCGACAGACCUGAGACUCUGAUUCUCCACGCACCACCUGUAUUAAUUAACAUGGAGGACCAUAAUAACUCUGUUUACCACACUGGAGAAGCAGGACCUUCCCCAUCCAAGAGGAAGAGCUCAGAGCUGCAGAUGGCUGAGGAUGAGGUGGUGAUGGCCACAAAGCGAGGGUGUCACACACCUCCAUCCUCUUCUCUGUCCUCCUUUUCACUGGUCCUACAGGAUAAGGCUGCUACAGAGGAAGCUGUGAAGGAAAUAGCUGAGAGAGAGGCAGAGCUGUUGCUUCGAAAGAAACAGGAGGAAGAGGACUGGCGGCUGGCUUUGCUCCUUCAAAAGGAAUUCAACCAGGAGGAGAAACAAAGAGCCACAGACAGGCGUAAAGGAUCGGGCGAUGCCUACUUGCUCCGCCAGAAGGGUGAUAAAACAAAGACUAAAUCCACCGCCGUACACAACACAAAAACACACCAGAGAUCUAACACAACAAACAUUUCUAACCCUUCCUCUUGCUUCCAAUCAGUUUCUUCCAUUACAAACCUCAACAACAGAGACACUUUAGAGAGCUCCAGUUCUUCAGUCACUCUCUCUGUCCCUUCUUUUUCCAUCUCUUCAUCAAGCAAGAAAAUGACUCCAAAUACUUCAAGUCUCUCCAGUACCUCUGUCACCCAGCUGAGCCGAAUCAGUAAGCAAGCAACACUGACGGACAUGUUCUCUGGGAAGCUGAACCCAGCAAAUGAAAGACGUGCAUUUUUUGGUUCAGAAACUCUCACACCCAGCGAAUAGUCAGCACAGGGCAUCCUGCCAACUUUAUGCCUGUUUUUCCUCUGUGAUCUUUUCAGUCUGGAGGAUGCUGUAAAAACCUGGGAAUAAAUGCUGCUUUGGGGGUGGAGAGUGCCAACCAAAAACUGUCACCUUCAUCUUGCUUUUUAUUUUUGUUGUCUUUAAAAUCAAGUAAAUCAUAUUUCAGCAUGUGACCGAGUGCUGAGAAGUUGAAAGUCCACCACGUUCUGUUCCUCGUGGACACAUACUGUGUAUUCAACAGUUUGGUCACCCACAGGUGUGUGCACUCAGAAGUUAAUUUCUAUCCUUCUCUAAAAUUAGCUAAAUGUAAUUAUUUUGCAUUUGGUUAAAAAUUUAAAUGUGCCCACUGCAUCUCAUUUAACACAAGUUUUGCAAAUCUUUUUUGGAUCCUAGGUGACCUUUGUGCCAGCUUAACGUCAUAUACAUUGAAAUAAACAGGCUGUCCAGGCCCUCUCACCCAACAACCACUGGGAUAGACUCCAGCACCCCUGAGGGCCCUUAACUGGAAUAAGUGGAUUUAGAAUGGAUGGAUUUUACAUGAAUAUUAUUAUAGUAAUUUGAAGCCACAAAAUGAGAGGAGUACCAGUUUUGCCCAUUCUGCUCUAAUGUCAUGAUGAGAGCAUUUUGACAACUGAACCCCAUUCUGAGCGGUGGAGCAUUUCUUCAUCAAAUAUUCUCCCCAAAAUAUCUCUUGUUUUUGCUCACAUUUUUCAGUUGAAGUGAAAGAUAUAAGAAUUAUAUGCAUACAAAAAAAAGUGUGUUAGUGAGCAUGUGAGCUUUGCUAAAAUAGUCUAUCCACCUGGGGGGUGUAGGAUAUUAAGAUACUUAUUACACAGCAUGAUUAUUCCACAGAUGUGCCUUGGAGUGGUCAGUCAAAUUCCAUUCUAAAAUGUGUAGUUGAUGAUGCAGUUGUGAGACUGGUCGGACAUGACGCUGGGGCCGGCUUCUGGUUGUGAAAUGUACAUUUGUUUUAAGUCAGCAUGCCGGUUGCAUGCUGACUUGCAUGCACGGUUUAGAGUGUCCAUCUGUUGUAACCAGUCCAAGGAACAUUUCCGCAAUAAUCAUGCUGUUAAUCAGCAUCUGGGAUGGGUUAUCUUGGCAAAACCUUUACUCAUGUGGAUUUUAACAAGUUUCUAAAGCAAAACUUUGAGAGAAAAAUGCUUUUUGUUUGUAUAGAAGAGACUUUAGAUCUUUUACUUCAAUGCAUGAAAACUGUAAAGUGUUGUUUGACAUUUUUGUUGGAUUUAGUUCCAUCCUGUCGGUGCCUGGUGGGAUAUGUAGGAAAUUGGGUGGUCAGAGGAGGUCCUGCAGCAGGCACUGUAAUCCUUAAAGGGCAGGUUUGCCAUUGUUGAGUCUUUGCUUUGUUUUUAAAUGAUUUGGUUGCCAUAUAAAAGUGGCCAACUGUAUAAUCAGUCAUCUUAAGUUUAUUUACAUUAUCUCCGUGGUAAAACUGUGCAACCAGACACUUGUAAUGAUUCAAGUCUGUUCAGUGGCAGUAUCACAUGAUUUACUUUGUUUCUGAUAACCCCCAUCUAGUGACAUUAAUUAGCCGGUUAGUCUGUGACACUGCUUGCUUUUGUCCCAAAACUGGAGCCAAGGUUGGCAAAAAUGUCAAACUGGUCCUUUGUGGCAGAAAUGUCUACUCACCAGAAAACCUUCCCCUUCUGAGUGCGCCUCCUAAAUAUUAAUGCACCACUUGCUGGCACACUGGUCUCUUAAAAGCAGAGACAGUUGACGCUAAUUGUUUUAUUCAAUGUUACGUCCAAAAAACAAACCCUUGACUAAUUAAUUGACUAAAUAAACCCCCUUUGCAGUGUGCAAAGGGGGUUUAUUUAGUCAAGUGUAAAUAGGAAAGUGGAGUUGGACAUACCGUAAGUGCACUUGCAUUAUGUGCUGUAGGGCCCAAAGUGGCUUUUUUUUUUUUUUUGUAGUGGAUCUUUUUCAGAAGCUUGGAGUACUUUACAGAAAUUAUUUUAAAAUGAUGCUGUAUUAAAUAAACAUAAACAUUUUUAGUUUUCAUCCACUUCGAGGUACUUGGGGAGGACUGGUGGAUUCAGAUAUUAAAGGAGUAUGUCGACCUCAGGUAUUCUUAAAUUGUUCAAAUUUGUCUGUUAUUCAUCAUUUACAUCACCUGUAUCCACAUAAUUAUUUAAUUUUCCACAGUGAUGUCCACUUCUACUGCUUCAGUUGAUUAUUGAGGCUUCAGAGAGAAGUGACACUGCUUGAUUAUGCAAAAACAUGGCUACGCUUAAUGUUCCUGAAACUGCACAUUUUGUUCUUAUUGUUUGUUCAAAUUAAAUAUGCUGCUCUCAGAAACUGAAAUAUUAAAGCCAGCUCUGAAUCACCGUAGCUGUUUUUAGUCACCCUUUAAAAACAAACAUGUUGCCUUAAGUAUAAUUCAAAAACAGGGUUGAUUUUUUUUUCUCUCUCUCUCUCUCUCUCUUGUACACAAACUUAAAAUCCAGGUAAGAAACAUUGGCUUUAGUUAUUAAGGUCUUUUAUUAUUUAAUCAUUCUGUACAAGGAGGAACUGGCAUUAACUGGCCUAAGCUACGGAUGUGCACCUUAUUUGCAUGAUGCCACAUAGAUACACUACCAGUCAAACGUUUGGACACACUUUCCCGUUUAAUUGAAUUGGGAAGUGUGUGUAGUUCAUCUUCAGUGAUACAGAACAGAGAACAGCAGCAUGUUCACACAUUUAAGAAGGUUGAACCAUUGGGACAUUUUUCUGACAAGUGGCGAUUGUAACAACAGCUGGAUAUCUGGCAGUUGUUCAGCAGAUGGAUCUUAGUCUCUGCAUACUUUGAUUUGGUUGGAGUUUCACUGUUGUGACAAAGUUGUUCAAAAAUAAACUGGGAAAAUAAAUGCU